UUGAUUUCUAACGACUUUCUAUUUUGUUCAGACUCGAAUAGCUGCGCUGCGGAAAAUGGAGGCUGUGACCACAUAUGCGAAGAAAAACACGGUCGCUUCUUCAGAUGUAAAUGCAAGCAUGGUUAUCGCCUCGGAGUAGACAAGAAGAAAUGCCAUCCUAUCGAUCCGUGCUUGGAAAACAAAGGUGGAUGUCAGCAUCACUGUGUGAAUGAAAACGGACGGGCACAGUGUCAAUGCUUUGCUGGUCAUCGUCUGGCUUAUGAUAGAAAGACAUGCGUCGAUAUUGACGAAUGUAAAGUUCAACGUGGCGGUGGAUGUCAACACGAAUGUGUCAACACCUACGGAUCGUACAGAUGCCGUUGCCGUCCCGGUUAUACUUUAGCGGACGACGGUCGCUCCUGUGACGAGCGACUGAGUGGUUGUCAAGUGGCAAAUGGUGGCUGUCAGCAUGAUUGCUACGAUCAACCUGACGGUGGCCAUGUGUGCAAGUGUCGAGAUGGCUAUGACCUAGGCGCAGAUGGGAAAAGCUGCACUGACAUCAACGAGUGUUCUGUGGGAAAUGCAGGUUGCUCGCAACUUUGUGUCAAUCUUCCGGGCUCAUAUGAAUGUCAGUGCAAAACUGGCUAUAUUAUGACUUAUGAUGGACGAACAUGUGAGGACAUCAAUGAAUGUGUUUUGAACAAUGGUGGUUGCCAGCACUCGUGUGAUAAUCUGCCAGGUGGUUACAAAUGCUCUUGCGGAAAGGGAUAUCGUUUGGCUGAAGACGGUCAUUCGUGCUAUGAUAUUAACGAAUGUCUUGUGAACAACGGUGGAUGCAGCCAGCUGUGCCGCAAUGACGAAGGCGGUCGACACUGUGAAUGUUUCGGUGGAUACGUUCUAGGCAAAGACGAGAAGUCGUGCAUGGGAGAUAUUGACAGCAACUCUUUGGAUCGGCUUAUUGACAGCAUCGAGAACUAUCCCAGCGACGGAUAUUAUGGUCCAAUGUGCGAGCUAAAAUGUCGUAUGUCAUGCCCCGAUGGGCGCUGUGAUCCUGUAUAUGGAUAUUGUGUUUGUGACGAAGGGCUCUAUGGAGAGAAAUGCGACAAGUGA